UACGCCAAAACAUUCUCCCCAACCAUACACUUUCUCUUCCCAUAUAAAAAUCUCUAUAUUUUAUCCCCUUUUUCUCACCCUUUUCUUUCUUCUACGCCAACUGUUCCACAUCCCCUUUGGCUUCUUUUUUUUUUCCUAUUUAUUCAAGAUUCCUUAUUGGGAUUUCAAGGGAUUUUUCAAUCCUUCCUCCUUCUAAAUUGGAAAAUUCCUAGGUACAAAAUUUGGGAUUAGAAACCAGACCUUAUAAUAUAAAAAUGAUUUCAUCUUUGUUUCUAUACAUGGUCUAAUUUAUUUUCUACUUUGAUGCUUGGUCUUGAUUUUACCUAGUGCAGCACGAUAUUCAUCAUGGAGAAAAUAACAUCUUUAUCUUCUGAUCAAGACACCAUUUUCCCCGCCACAGCCACCUCAUGUGCCACCAUCUACGACCAAAACUAUGUAUCACCAUCGCCAUUUCAAACCAACCACCAACAGUGCCAUCAAGAUAUAGCAGCCGACUUCUCUUCAAUGUACAACUUCAUAUUCCCACCUCAUUCCCUUCCCCUCUCGCCUUCCUCUUGCUCUUCCUCUUCAUCCAAUGACCCCCACCUUAAUCUCAACCUCACAUCCGACGCCACAGCCACCAAACACCGCCUCAACCAGGCUCGUGUUGUCCUCGAGUACGACCAACUUUGCGACCACUAUAACAUUUGCUUUGCUCGUCUCCAAGCUCUCAAUAGAGACAUUGAGACGCUACGUAGAGAAAAUAGCGAUCUUCUCGUGGCCAACAAUGAGUUGAUGAAGCUCUUGAAUCUCUCGUCCAUGGCUGUCAUGAAUAACCGAAACCUGCAACGCAAAGAACUGCCGAAGAGCGUUUCGGUGAGGUCAAGUAAUUAUCUUAAGCUCAACCACCAACAAGGUCCGAGAAACCAGCAGCAAGUCGUUAAUCCGUUGCUUGGGGUGCAAGUGUCAUCUGACUGGAGGAGAGAAAAGGCGAUUGAAUUGGAUGUAUACAAUCAAGGAAUGGCUAAGACAGAACUGUGUGAUACAUGGGAAGAGAUAGGGUCAUGUCCUUACGGUGAGCAUUGCCAAUUUGCCCAUGGCAUCACUGAGUUACGCCCUGUUAUUAGGCAUCCAAGGUACAAGACCCAGGCUUGUCGAAUGGUCCUCGCUGGUCAGAUCUGUCCCUACGGUCACAGGUGCCACUUCCGUCACUCUCUUACCGAAUAACAAUCACCACUAAAUUCCGGCUUAAUACCAAUUAUUUGGCUUAAACAGAGAAAUGUAAAUAAAUUGAUUCUAAUAAUAUCAGAAAUAUCUGCGGGAAACUCAUUCUGUUCAAGGUCAUAAUUAUGAAAAUAAUUUUUCCUCGUAAAA